AUGGAUCUCGGGGAAGCCAUCCUACAGAUUCCCAUCAACCUUGUUCGUCUGCCUGUCCAGUUGACGGACAAGCUCCUGUUCCGAUGGUGGGUCAUGCCACUCGCCCGUGCGACCGGCAUCGCCAAGGGCGGUCGCCAGCGGAAGGCCGCGGAGGUAGCGAGCGUUCCCGUGGCAGGGCUCAGUCCCGCGAGGCUCCAGUCCCUCCUGUUCGCGCUCAAGGCCGAGUCCCACACCUACGACGACGACAUGGUCGCGGAGCUCUGGCUCAAGGCCGUCGUCCUCUCCCAGGUGUCGUCGGACCGCAUCAUCCUGAACAUGCGGCGCGUGAGCGAGGCGCUGUCGUUCUGGCAGGCGCAGAAGGCCCGCAGCGGCAACGCGCAAAAGGUCUUCAUGUUCCUCCGCCGCGGGCCCCUCCCGCUGUUCAAAGCCAUCGGGCGCGUGAUCCGCGUCUUGCCCCGCUCGCGCAGCAUCAGCGCCAAGGACAAGAUCGAGCGCCGCAUCGUCCUCCUGCGCGCCCUCCUGGGGGUCCUCGCCGUCUCCCUGCACCAGGUGCACGAGGCCGCCAAGCCCCUGCGGCUCAAGGCCGCCGAGGACGGCGGGGUCGCGGAGUCGGGGCGCGCCGCCCGCGCGACCAGGCGCGCCGCGGCCGUGGCCGCCGCGGCGGGGCCCCGCCCCAUGGACAGCGCGUCCGGGGCUGAGACGCCCGUGUUCGCGCCGGGCAGCGCAGAGGCGCCGGGCAGCGCAGAGGCGCCGGGCAGCGCCGCUGAGACGCCGCACGGACAGGCCGGGCCGGAGAUCACGUCGUCCGUGGACCCGGCCGCGGAACACGAGGCGCAGCGCUCCCAGACGCUGCCCGCGCGGCCCGGGGGCGGGAGCUCGGCGCGCGUGGGGAGGACGCGGCCGAGGACGCUGCUGCCGCUCGCCAAGCAGGCCGCGUUCGUGACGGGGUCGUCCCUGUGCGGCAUCAUGGCAGACCUGACCGCGCGGAUCAAGCAGCUCACCAACGAGGACGUGAUCGCGGCGACGCCGCUGGAGGUGCCGUCCGGCGCGGUGUCGGUCGGCGCUGGAGUGGAGGAUGCGAUCGAGCGCGAGGCGAUCAGGCAGGCGGCGGGCGUGAGCGGCAAGGACCUGCCGGCGUUUGAUGCCAAGCUGCGGCAGCUGAAAAAGGACGCGAGGGAGCCGUUCACGGUGCAGAGGCUCACGGAGCUGCUGGACGAGACGGAGGAGGCCGUGCAGGUGGACUACGAGGAGCGCAUGGGACGUAGCGCGCAGCAGUCGCUGGACUACAUCGCGAGCGUGACGCUGCGGGGGGGGUUCCUGGUGGACAUCCCCCCCAUGGCGCAGAUCCCCUCCCGCCUGAAGCGCAACUGGACGGCGUACUUCCUGGCCUCCGUGGCCGGCAUGUUCGCGGCCCGCUUCCUGUACCGCAACUCGAAGCUCGCGGGGUCGGACAACCUGAACAAGUGGGCGGGCGUGGUGGUCAACAGCGUGAAGACGGCUGCGGUGGACAACGUGUACGGCCCGGUGCACAAGCUCACGAUGGAGCUGACGGAGAACCGCCGCAACAAGCACACGCUGGUGACCCCGCAGGACCUCGAGAUUUCGAAGCGCUCGCUGGGGCGCAUGCUCGAGGAGUUUGAGAAGGAGGCGGCGCGGUCGGAGGACGUGAGCGCGACGGUGGAGCUCAUCCGCGAGCUGUCCGAGGAGGGCAUUUCGGACCACGUGGCGGGCAUCGGGAAGGGCGAGCGCCGCGUGGAGGACAAGGAGCUGAUGCGGCGCAUGGAGGUGAUGAUGAAGUCGUACGAGCGGGAGCUGCGGCACCCCGUGCGGCACCUGAUCGCGGGGCAGCUGCUCCGCGCGAUGCUGAUCCAGGUGCAGAAGGUCAAGGUCGACGCGGAGUCGGCGAUGCUCGAGCUGGACUCGAUCCUCAACUCGCAGGAGGUGACCAUGGCGCUCAUCGCGGCGGUGCCCGCGCUGCUGAUCGUGCACUACUCGCUGCGGAGCGCGGUGCGCGCGGUGAGCCCGAAGCAGCCGGACCCGAUCAAGCUGUACAAGCUGGCGCGGAUGGCGCUGCUGGACCUGGAGCGCUCGCUGCUGGUGGCGGUGCACGACGAGGAGAUGCGGCAGGGCAUGCCCAUGGCGUCGUCGGGGCAGCUGCUGUACCAGAUCGCGCGCGUGAACCACGAGCUCGAGGCGAUCUUCGUGCGCGGGGGGGUCCGGCUGCCCGAGGAGAGCAAGGCCGAGUGGGCCAGCCUGCAGGCCGACAUGGCGCAGCUGACGUCGCCGCUGCCCAUGGCGGUCAAGCUCAAGGUCGUCGAGCGCAUGAUGCGCGCGUACAAGGUGUUCGCCGUGCCCGUCUGA